UUUAUAAAGGCAUUUUCUAGAGGCAUUAAAACAAAAACAGACUGAGUCAGACUAGUAUUCGUCCCCGACCUUGAUCGAUGUAUGUGAGUCCUCGAUUCAAGUCGAGAUCGCGAGAUGCAAGACUUGUCGUCUUUCGUGACGUAACCCGCUGUUUCGAUCAAACCGACGUUAAGGUUAGACCGUGCGCAGGAGCAAAGUAAAUAAAAUAUAAAAAUUGUUUAAACGAAUUUACUCUUUUAUACAAAGUAAAUACUUCAAAUUGUAAGUGUGUUAUGUUUCCUUUGUGUGUGUUCCAAGUGCUACGUGAAAUAAGUUAAUGUUCUAUUUAUUUUGUGUUUAAACACAUUAUAUUCUAAAUUGUAACACCAUAAGAACCCGAAAAGACGGAAUAUGUCUAGAAAAUUUUUAUUCUGUUUUCCACUUCGACUGGGAAACAUCGUGUUUGGAUACAUCGUGAUCAUCUUUGGUUUAACCUUACUACUCUUCGAAAUAUACCAGCUAUAUACGGUCCUAUAUGAUAAUCACACGGACUCGAGCAACAUUGAAAAUAAAAACUAUAUUAUGGUUGUAUCAUAUUUUGUAACAUAUGCAACUAUUGGAUUCCUGUUAUCACUGUUUGCAACAAUAUUUACAAUCGGUGCUUACAAGUUGAGGUUUAGAGCUAUCAAGACUUUCUUCGUGUACAGCUUCAUCCAUAUCUUCUUCACUAUUGUUAUGAUCGCGUGGGAGACAUUAAAUAGAAAUUGGUGGAUGCUGGGAGUUCUAGCUGUAUCAGAUGUGAUCUUGAUGGCGUCGUUGUUCGGCGUUAAAUAUUUCAUAGAUGCUGUGAAAAGCGGCAGAGUCUACCAUCGCCCAGAAACUGGAAGAUAUUGAUAUUAUUUAAAAUCUUUGAACCUUCUUUCAAGGGCCGCUUAACACUAUACCCUUAACCACACAGAGCUUGACCUUAUGUCAAUCCUUUGUAAAUGUAUAGGAUGCUCUGAACUGGGCCCACGAGCCCUUAGUGUCCUGGGGAGACAGGGAGUAAACUAUACAUAAAAUAUAAAAAUUUACUGAUUUAAUAAUUUGAUUUUGAUAGUUCUGUUUUAAAAAUUCUUAGUACCACUUGCAUUAGAAGUUUUUUAAUGUACUAAUAUAUUAUUUAACAAUUGCCUGAAAUUAUGUAUGUAGAUUUUUACUCAUACAGGAAAUUUAUCGGAGUUCUAUUUAAAAUUAAAUUAUAUUAUAGUAUUCAUAUAAAAUAUGACUUAUGGGUAUUGCAUCCAAAGUACUCUGCCAAUCAAUACUCUACUAGAGGAGGCGCUGAAAUCGAAUGGGACGAUGAGAGAAAUGCUGAUGCCAAAGUAUUGGAUUUUAAAGUCGAGUCAAGUACCUUCGAAACGAUAAAAUUGUAUGAUUAAAGUGUUUGGCAAAAAUCCUUGACAGAUCGAUCAACAUCCGAGAAUAUUCAUGCUUGUACAGAUUUUUUGUUACAAUAAUUAUAUCUCUACAUACUUCAUAUGUAUGAUUUAUAAGCAAACAUAACUAAUAUUAUAUAAGUUAUAUAAGAUCUUAAUAUUUAUCUUAUUAAUGAUAAGACUAUAUUAAAUUA